GUCUCUCUCUCUCUCUCUCUCUUUCUCUCUCUCUCUCUUUCUCUUUCUCUCUCUCUCCCUUUCUCUGUCUCUCCUCCAUUAUCCUUCCCCUCUUUACUCUCCCUCACUCUUUCGUCCGUGUUCUCUUCUUAGCAAGCUGUCAGAUUUUUGACCCUUCUUCUCUUCUCUCAUGACACUCAGAUAGCUUCUAGAAUGUGAGCUGUUUCCCUUCUUUUUUUUCUCCCUCGCUCGUUGAAGACGUUUGUCCGUUUUUUUUUUUUUUUUUUUUUUAUGUAAGAGGCACAAGGAUGUAAGCGGAGAUGUGAGCCAUGCCAGGUCUGCACUGAUUCUUCGCUCGUCUCGUCAAAAGUUAGUCCACUUAUAGUCUAGGCGCUCCAGGAUCUGAUUUGUCUCUUCCUCCCUCUGUUUUCGGCGAGAGCUGCUCCCAGCCAUGUACUCGCUGGACGACUACGGUGAACAGAGUAUCUGCCAAGCCCGGGCUUCGGUCAUGGUGUACGACGACACCAGCAAGAAGUGGGUCCCAAUCAAGCCAGGGCAGCAGGGCUUCAGUCGCAUUAACAUCUACCACAACACUGCCAACAACACCUUCCGCGUGGUGGGGGUCAAGCUUCAGGACCAGCAGGUUGUCAUAAACUACUCCAUCGUGAAAGGUCUCAAAUACAACCAGGCCACACCGACCUUCCACCAGUGGCGCGAUGCCCGGCAGGUGUACGGCCUCAACUUCGCCAGCAAGGAGGAGGCCACCACCUUCUCCAACGCCAUGCUCUUCGCCCUCAACGUCCUGAGCUCGCAGGAGGCUGGUCCACCAGCUGUACAUCGGCAGAACGGACCUGUCACGGAUGACUCCGACGCUCAACGAAGGCAGAUGAUGGAGCAGCAUCAGAUGCAGGCACAAAUGGAGAGGGAGCGACGAGCUGUGGGAUCUGCAGUAUCCACCCUUCAGUUCAAAGUGUCUGGCGCUGCUGCCGCUUCCUCUCCCUCCCAGUCCGAGUCUGUCGAUUACCGGCAGUACCGGGCCAACACCCUCCCCCCGGCCUACAUCAGGGCGGCCGCCUCCUCCCCCUCCCCACCUUCCCCCUGCUCCUCCUCGGGCUCCUCUCAGGAGCGGGACGGCAGCGGCGGAGCUGGAGGUGGGGGGAGCGCCUGUCACGCAUGCGACUCGCCCCAGCGGAAGGCCCAGCAGCAGCUCUCGCAGCUCUCCACCUCGCUGGCCUCGGCCUUCAUGCCCGUGCAGCCGGCGGUCAACACCCAGGGCCGCAAGGUGCGCCAGAUCCCCCUCUCCCCGCCAGCCGUGCGCCACAUGCCCCCCCAGAUGCAGGCCGAGUCCAUCCCCCACCCCCACCCGCUGCCCCCCAAGCACGGCACCUGGUCGGCGUCGUCGGCCGCCAUGCACAUGUUCGCCCCGCUGCCCCCCGCCGCCGCCUCCUCCUCCUCCUCCCCGCCCGUGAGCGCCAAGCAGGUGUGCCCGCAGCCCGUGCUCCCCGUGGCACUGCCCCUGCCGCCCCUCAACAACAGCGGCAGCAACGGCCGUGGCGGCAAGGGUGCCCCCUCGCCCCACGACGCCCACCAGCACCUCAACGGGGCACCCGAGGAGUACUACCACACCCAGCACCACCCACACCCACACCCACACCACCACCAAACACCUCCACCACCCCUGCAACCACCGGUCCCCAUGCCCCCUCAGCUCUCUUACGCCCCCUGCUGCGAGCCUGUCCCCCUGCCCCCCGUGAGCGCUCAGCUGCCCCCUCAGGUCUCAGCCCACCUGUCCCAGUUCCCCUCUCCCUCUGCAUUCCUCCAGCAACAACAACAACAACAACAACAACAACAACAACAACACCAGCAGCAGCAACAGCAGCAGCAGCAGCACAUGUAUCCGGGGUUGCCCCCCUACAACACCACCUCUCCCCCCUCUUACACCCUCCUCGAGGGGGCCUCUCCCAAGACGACACCCUCUCCUGUCUUUCAGGCUCCCCCACCUCUUAUGAGUCCUCCACUCCCCCCUGGGCACCCUGCCAUGCAGCACCAGUCUUCGAUGGCUGCGCCUGUCUUGCCCCCUCCAGCCCCAGCCCCAGCCCCAGCCCCCACGGCACCCCCACCACCACCGGGGCCCCCACCGCCAAGUGUGGGCGCGCCUCCCACCCCCCCUCCACUGCCGGCUAGUGGAGGUCCGGGGGGGCAAAGCAAGGAGGCCCCCCCAGCUGGGCUGGCGGCAGCCUUAGCAGGAGCGAAGCUGCGCAAAGUGCAGAGGUCGGAGGAGGCGUCAGGGCCCGCGGGGGUCAAGAACGAUGGUAACCGGUCAAGUGGCAGCAGUGGAGGCAGUGGAGAGGGACUCAUGCAGGAGAUGAAUGCCAUAUUGGCACGAAGGAGGAAAGCUUCAGAGAAACCUGAUGAGGAUAACCAGAAGGAAGAGACGAAUGGCUCCCCCUCACCCAUCACACGAGGUUCUUCUCUACAAAACUCAACAGACCUCGUUAAAAAGCCAUGGGAUCGAGCCAACUCAACAGACAAAUCUUCAGCUGUAUCAAGGGUGAAACCUGUUGGUACCAGCAGCGAUGGAGACACAACAGAAUAUGACAGAAUGAAACAGGAGAUUUUGGAGGAAGUGGUUCGUGAAUUGCAUAAGGUGAAAGAUGAGAUUAUUGAUGCCAUAAGAAGAGAAGUGACCAGGCUGAGCUUGACAUAAUCCUCCCGGGAUGUGACCACAGCGGACAGAGAGAGGGGGGGGGGGGGAGAUGUAGAGAGAGGUGCUGAGUUUGCAGGGAAUGUUUCUACAUUUCUAUAAUGUCAUGGGGAAGGUUGCCACGAAAUUGUUGUGCCCAACAGUAGCAUCUGCUAAGCAAAAAAGCUGGAGAAAGUGAAAAAUAAGGCAUAAAAAGAGAACGAAGAACAGGAAGACAAAAAAGUGAAGAGAGUUCAGCGAAUGCAUGAAUGAAUGAAUGAAUGAAUGAUUUGGUGUAAAGAAAGGGAUGAGAGGAUGUUGGACACUCACACUGUAUUUUCUAUUUUCCUGUAUUCAAAGAUUCAGCCCAAUGUGUGGCCUGCUGCCCAUAGUCUGUCAAGUCUUACAGAAAAAAAACAUAUAUGUAUUAAAUCUGGCAAAGCUUUUUGUUUUCUAAGUUUUUAUUGUUUCAUUGUUUUAUUUGACAUAAAUAAAUAUUACUGUUAUAAUAAUUUUAUUACAAUUAUAGAUAUAGAGAAAGUUGCACACCAUCUAUGUCAGCCUUUUAUAUUUUAUAUUAGGUUCUUUAUUCUUUGGUUUUUGAUAAGCACAUGUAGGCCUCUGUCCUCAGCAGGGUUUUCUAAAGAGAUUUUAUUUUUCUUUGCCAACAGAUGUAUAAGAUCACUGGAGAUGUUUGAUUUUUUUAAGUUUGAACUUGAAUUGGUUGUGUGGACUGAACUGGUUACUUUUUUGGGACACUAUGACCUUAUGAUGCAUCAGUAUGACCUUUUGAUUUAUAUUAUCUUUUUCAGUAAAGUUUGGCUGGAAAGAUAUGGUGAACGAUCAGGCCUUUCAGUAUAUACUUUGAGUAGAUUAUUCCUUGUUUUAAAUGUUGAUAAAUGGGUUUAAACAUA